CGUGGGGCCCCGGCCGCCAGCGGGCGCCGCCCGCGUGGGCGGGGCUAGCCGGGCACCCGCGGCCAUGGCCCCCGCGGCCGCCAGCGUCCCCGAGGUGGUUCGCGCGGCCCAGAAGGACGACUACUACCGCGGCGGGCUGCGGAGCGCGGCGGGCAGCGUCCUGCACAGCCUGGCGGGUGCGAAGAAGUGGCUGGAGUGGAGGAAGGAGCUCGAGCUGCUGUCAGACGCAGCCUACUUCGGCCUCACCACGCUGGCAGGCUACCAGACCCUCGGCGAGGAGUACGUCGGGAUCGUCCAGGUGGACCCGUCCCAGAGGCAGGUGCCCUCGAGGCUGCGCCGCGGAGUGCUGGUCGCGCUGCACACCAUCCUGCCCUACCUGCUGGACAAGGCCCUGCUGCACCUGGAGCACGAGCUGCAGACCGACGGCAGCGGCGGCGGCGGCAGCAGCCGGUCCUCACCUGGCAGCCCGGCGCCCGGCUCUCGGGGCCGCUCGGGGGCCAGGCGCUGGGUGCGCCGGCAGGUGGCCGCCCUGGCGGAGCAGCAGCGGAAGGCACUGCUGCGGGCCGUGCUGGUGCUCAGGCCGGCCCUGGGCUGCCUGCAGCGGCUGCACAUCGCCUGGUUCUACGUGCACGGUGCCUUCUACCACCUGGCCAAGAGGCUCACCGGGGUCACCUACCUCCGCACCCACCCCUCGCCUGUGGGGGACCCAAGGGCUCUCGCCAGCUACAGGCUGCUGGGCCUCGUCUCCCUGCUGCACCUGGCGCUGUCCGUGGGCCUGCAGCUCUACAGCCUCCGGCAGAGGCAGCGCGCCCGGCGGGAGUGGAAGCUGCACCGCGUCCUGUCCCACCGCAGGAGCCACACGGAGGAGAGAGCGGGCCCCAGAAGCAGCCUGUGCACCCUGUGCCUGGAGGAGCGCAGGCACCCCACGGCCACGCCCUGCGGCCACCUCUUCUGCUGGGAGUGCAUCACCCAGUGGUGCGACACCAAGACGGAGUGUCCUCUGUGCAGGGACAAGUGCCCGCCCCAGAAGCUCGUCUACCUGCGGCACUUCCGAUGACCCGAGGGCAGGGCCACCCAGCAGCCGCCUGGCCCCAGGGGAACGCGCAGUUUCUCCUCCAGAUGAAUUCCCACAGGAGACGCCGAGUUCUCUAGUUUUACUCUCGUCACGGGAGGCGCUGCGCCAGCAGUCCCACGGGCCGGGAGCCGGACGGCG